AUGGCAUUUAAACAGAGAUUUCGCUUAAAUCUGAUCCAAGAGGCUAAAACAGAGCUAGACUUUCUUGCUUUGGUAGAUGAUUUUCCCAGUUUGUAUGCGGGUCCUGUUCUCAAAAAUGCUAUCAGGAGAUAUGAAAUGUUCUGGCUCCCACUGGCAGCCAGAGAGGGUAGCUCCAGUAGACUUCUUGCAGCUCCACUAGACAUUGCUUGGGUUUGGUAUCUUCACAUGUUGUCACCACAAGAUUAUGAACAGGACUGCAUGAACAUUGUCUCUCAAGUUGUUGACCACUUGCCCAUGAACAGAUAUGAAAGAGAACGAGGUCUUCAAAACGCACGAUACUUGUGGCAGGACGCAUAUCCUACAGAAUGGUUUGAGGUCGACCUAAACUAUCCUACGCCAUUUACUAUGCCGUACGGACUGAAAAUUCGUUAUGACAUCGAAAAAGCAUCUUAUAACCAAUCCAAGUUCUAUUAUCAAGUAUCGCUCCCACACUUUAGCGAUAACAAGUUUCUGGAAAGCGCUGUUCAGCGAUACGAACACCAUUUGCAUCUCAAGAGCCAAAAUCCACAAGUUCCUAUGGUCCCGUGCACCGAUAUGGACUUGAUUUGGCACGCACACCUUCAUCACCCGCUGAACUACAAAGAAGUAACUUCAGAAAUAUUCGGGUCAGUAGUCUAUCCUGGAAUCUAUGACUCAAGUCUCAGCCUUGGACUAACUUUGGACGAUUCUGAGACUGGUACGAGGGCUGUAUCUUCUGCAGCGGGUUUCAAGUAUGACAAACCAGGAACCGGGUACAGAGGUGAGCCACCUCAACCCCGACCUCCACGACAAAAUGGGCUUUACUCCUCCUUGGGAAGGCUCCGCUAUGUCAUGAGAAUAUUGCAAGUAGAGCUGGUAAAUGUGGAUGUGAGCAAAAAGUUUGCUGUCCGAAUUUAUGAUCCUAUGGGCGGUCUGAAAGUGGAUACAACGAUUCAAGGUGGAGUCCGUCUUAAUUUAAUGUCCCAGUGUAUGAUUGACAACGAAAAUCGUCACACGAUCACGGUAUCUUUACACCAGAAAGCACUACUUGGUUUCGAAAGGUCUAUUGGUUCAUCUGGGUCGAAUUUGCUGUCCUUUAUUGAUGCAUAUACAUACGGUGGAAUACCUCAACAGCCUUGGGUGAUAGAUGUUCCCUUUGCUGCUGCACAAGCUAUCGUGAGGCUGUCAGCCAUGUUGGACCUUCCGUCCAUCGAAGGCUAUCGAUUCAAAGUUCAGCCAGACCCUUACUUUGCAAACGUUAACCAUCCUUGUUUUGUACUCAGUUUUCCACAGUCGAUGUUCUUACCAAAAGAUUUUGCAAAAGCGUACCUGCCUUGCGAAUGUGCAACUCACACUUUGUUGGACUGCAGAGGGCGGGAGGCUUUCAAGUGUCGUGUUGUCCACAGUGUUGAAGGUUUGCUAUCGGUGGUGGAGAUCAUCAGUGUUCACGGUGUUGUUGUUGCAUCUGCUCACACAAUGGAUCUCAACGCUCUUCCCGAAAAAGCAGCGAUUGAAGAUUACACGAGAUGCGCUUAUUUAAACUGCGUGGAGGGCGAGCGAGCGAUGGUUAUUAAAGGUCGAAAGGACUGGGGCAUCUGCAUUGGGAAAUGGCAGAGAGGAAAAAUGUUCAAUCGUGUAGCGGGCCAAGUGGAAAUCAAAUUUUUCAAGCUCAAGGGGCUGAGAGGCUGGUGUAAAGUACGCAAAUUCAAGGGUGGCCUUUACUUGGUCUACCUGGAGCCAGCUGUCUUUGUUUACGUGGACUUAAAGAGGGGAUUGUUUGUGUUUUCUCCAUUGGCACAAGAUGUUCCAGAAAUCGUUGCUUUUGCCUUCUCGAUGUCCAUUCUCUAUUUGCUCUGCAAGCCUUACAAUCCGACAGCGGCGAACGUUUCGUCACCAUCCUUUCACAAGAAAGCCAAAGAAGAUAAGGUGACUCCUAUGCUUCUUGCUGCUGGAUACAAAAGCUCUAUAGUUCCAACUAAUGUCUACCUUUCACGAAGCAUUAAGAGCUUUUCAGCAUCAGGUCCAUCCCUGGACGGUGCGGGAACCUACGAUCUUGAUUCAGAAUCUGGUCCCGAUUGGAUGAUAGAGCUCAUCAAGAAAAAACCGGAAGCAUUAUUGUGGUAUCAUAUGAGCGGUGUGCCCUACGAACUCCCGACCAAAAAGGAACGUACCAAAAGUUCUGGGAGCUGGAUGAGAAGUGGUGGUCCAGGAGGAGUAGGAGGUGGCGGAGGAGGAGGAGGAGGAGGAGGAGGUUGCGGCGGUGGUGGUGGGUGUUAAGAGAGGAGAAACGGAUGUUUACCUAUGUUACCUACAUAGCUUAGAUGAUAAACAUUCUUCUGCGCAGUUGACUAUUUUACUGCAUCAGAAGUGUAGGAAGGCCAAGCAUCUGACCUGAAUAAUGAACAGAACAUAGACUGAUUGAAUGUUGCCAAAGGAAAGAGUUUUAAUUGGGUGAUAAUGUUGCUAUUUUAACCGACUAAGUUUAUAUCUGUCAGAAAACAAAAAAUACUAACACUUUCAAGACAUCAAAAGUUUAGAGAAGCACAACAUCUUACCCAAAUAAGUGCACAUGGCAUGUUGAAAUGUGUCAGAAUCCCUGAGAAAGAUUACUGGGAUUAUUGUAGUAAAUAGUUUAAGUUUUAACAAUUUUUACCUUAUAAUCAAGUAGAUGAUAUCCCUUUUUGGGUAAUCUUACAUUGUAAGCAAGGUUGGUAUUUAUAUAGUCAUUCAAGUUUUAACAAUUUUUACCUUAUAAUCAAAUAGCUGAUAUCCCUUUUUGGGUUAUCUUACAAUGUAAGCAAGGUUGGUAUGUAUAUAGUCUCAUCAAAAGUAGGUUGAGUUUGAUCGUCCGGAUGAACGUAUUCCUGAAUAGGAUUGUUGUUGUUGACAGUGACGGACGUUUCGACAACCCAUGCAGUAGUCAUCUUCAGAGUCAAAGUGAGUGGCAUCACGUCAGUUGAUGGUAUUAUACUCUGGUUAUUGACCUGAUUGGUCAAUUAUGUCGCGAUGUUAUUGGUCGUCUGUCAGUUAAGCCGUGAUGUUAUUGGCUAUGAAGACUCGUUAUGUAAUUGGUGCGUUUCGAUCCGUCUAUUUUCACAGUCAAGCAGUCGUAUAUUGUAUAUGUUAUGUUUUAAGAGCCAGUCUCUGUAUUUCAAAAACAGGCGCCAAAAAGUUGUGACCCUCUCCUAACUAAAAACUAAUAAUCAACAAUGGUCUCUCUCUGGACAUAUGGGAGCCCAUACAGUCUUAGCUCUCCCCUCUAAUUUGGUCUUUUGCGUCAUAAAGUUGAAAAGUAUUAUACUAAAAUUCCAAGUAUCGUGCUUUCUCUUUUUUUUGGUUUUUUAGACUUCCCGUAUUUCCUCUAAUAAGCACCUAGGCCCUUAUUUCAAAUUCAGCUAAAGGAGGGGCGCUUAUUGGAUGGAGGUCACUUAAUCAAGGGGAGCCCUUAAUUUAACAAAUGGAUUGUAAUUUUACUUUGUCGAAAUAUUUAAUAAAAAAACAAGAGAAAAACUACAACAUUAUCCUCAAAAUCCCUAAGUCAAUAUUUUAAAUUUUUUUGUUUCGUCUGUUGAAACAGUUGUUGGAAAUCAAGCCUUCCGUAAUCCUCAUACAGUUUACUCACUUUUCAAAGUAAUGUAUCGGUGCAUGUAUACAAAAUAUCGAUUAUCUAAUCAUCCUCGUCCGUGACAUGCAGAUCGUCGCAUUCCUCUUGCAUUGCUCCUGUUCCAGAAAAAGGAGUUGAGGGAGGGGAGCGUUUAUUCGAGAGGGCCGCUUGUUUGAUAUUAUGACCCGGGGAGCUUUUAUUUGAGAAAAUGCGGUAUGGCAACUUACACAACAGUCAAAACGCAGCUUGAGACCAUUAUCUCCACUGAGCUAGCCUUUUUGUAACGAAAGUUUAGUACAUUGUGAUGGAAACGAAGUUUAUUGAAUUCAACUUUGAAAACGUACUUGUUAUUUUGACUGUUGGCAACAUUUGUCUAAAAGAGUUUACUAAAAUGUACCCAAGGCGUCCUUUUCGCGAAAACAAAGUGUCCACAAAGUUCUGCGAUACACGUAUUUCUAGUAUAUUUGGAUAGUGGUAUUCCACUAGCCGUAUGGUGGGAACUGUGCCUUGGAAAAGUUAAGGUGAGCAUUUAAUUGACAAGUCUAUAAGCCGUAGGCCCCGUCUCACAACCCUUGCACAUAUAAAUUUUGUGGGACGUUAAAGGACCCACCCACUGUCCUUAACGAGUAGGGGAAGUAGUCCCUGAUGUGGUGGUCUAUCUCUCCUGGGGGGAAGUACAUAUAUCAUACAUCAUGAUAUACACACCGCGCUUUUAUCAGCCUAUUCCAGGCGUUCGGCGAUCACCCCCACCCCACCCCCUCGUUUUUGUUUCUGCUCACAUCUCUUUGCGAUGUGCCUAUGAUCUGAACGCCUGGAACAGGCUACGCUUUUAUUGAUUCUAGCUGGGAUGGUCCUACCCUGGCUUCAGAGGUCUGUUCUCGAAAUACCAUCAUGAAUGAGAUUAAAAAAUAGCCUCUGGAACCUAGAGGGGAUGGUCCAUUAAGGGUUAAAAAGAAGUCUAAGGGCGUUUUCCAUUUGACAGAACUGGCCGGCCGGACCAUUGCCCGAUCAGACAGAAGAGUUUUUGCCGAAAAACCAUCUCCUUCGUGCAUAAUAUUUAGGAUUUGACUGAUCUGGCUAAACAGUUUUGAUUGAAAGAGAAAUUAUCAUUGCGACGGGAAUGGUCUGGCCGGUCAGUUCUGACAAACAGAAAGCGCCCUAGAAUCUCUGGCCAUGUAGGUUCUGUCGCAUUGCUCCGUAUCACAUGAUCUUAUAGAGUAUUUAUACCAGAGGAUGUCUAAGACUACUGGACGGACUGAAAAGUCAGGAUCCGGUUCCUGAAAGCUAAGGCGAAUUAGCGCUAAUCCAGGAUUAAAUUUUGUUCCGUUUUUGUAUUUUACCUCCCUAUGUGUUGCUUAGAGUAACAUUUUAUGUUAUCAUUUUUGUAUCUCGGAGUAAAGACCCAACAGUAUUUUGUAAGCUCGAGUUGCACGUUCUUAGAAAAGAAAACCUUGCUUUAAGUUUGGCUUAAUCUUGUUUGGGUUAAACUUAACCGUCUUUCGAGGAACCGGGCCCUGGCUGUUUUAUAUAGACCAGUCACUGAAAACUCUCUCUCGUCUCUUACUAGCGACGACUUAACCUUUUUAGAGGAAUUAAAAACGUCAGUCUGUUAAGUGCGUUGAUUAGACAUACUCAGAUGACUUAAGGCGUCGAAUAGACCCUCCCACGGUUUUUUCAGGAACUUUUGAUAAAGAGCAGUAAGCGAAUAUCCACCGAUCAACGCUGCUGGAAAGAGGGCAUUAAAAUAUGGUAACUAACCAAGUUGAAGGUGAUAAGGUUAGAAGAGAGCAAAGAAAUUGCUUCAUUCAAUAAGUAGAGAAAUUUUACUGAUAUGUGUAUUGUGGAAAGGGGGGGGGGGGGGGGGGGGGGGGGGGGCGGGGAU